AGGCCUCCCAGGGGCUGUGGGGAGGCCGUGUGGGGCUCACUGUAUAGACAGGGCACGGGGUGGAGGGUGAGCCUUGAGCAGCUGGGGGAGGGGCGCCCUCAGGGAGCUCUGGUGUGAGGAGGAAGUCGGGUAAGGAGCCCCCAGGCAGGGGUGACCUCACUUCCCUGACGACAGAGCCCAACGGAAUUGGAACCCACGUAUCCAGGCACCCACAUUCCAGAGAAACCCCCCUGCCCGGCUCAUUUCCUUGGACAACCUCAAGGAAGCGACAUGUUCUUGUGCUGCCUACCGAAGUCCAGAGGAUGCGGGCGGAGGAGAGCUCGCCCGCCAAACACGUCCCCUCGCUGGGGAGGUCGUGUCGGGGCUCUCCGACGCCUCUGGCCCUUUGGGAAGAAGAAUCCAAAGGCCACGGAUGAAAGGGGAAGGAGGCGGGAAGACACGCACUCCUCCCUGACCCUGGAGUCCCCGGUCCUGGGAAGGCCUCCGGUACCUCCCAGACCACUGCCCCCGGUACUCCAUUGGACGGCGGUCCUGGACACGGAGCCCACGGAGGCCAAGUCUGAGGCUACUCCAGCGGAGGAGCUAGACCCACUCCCAACUUCAGCAACUCCCGAGGGGGACAUGGUGCCUGGAGACACUUCGGCAGGAGACCGGGAGCCGACAGGCGACAGGGCGCCUGCCCACGGAGAUGCUGAUGCUGUCCACGGAGAGCUGGCUCCUGCUCCUGCUCCUGCUCCUGCCCCCACCCCUGCUCCUGCCGCUCCCCCUUCCCCUGCCCCUGCCUGUGCUCCUGUUCUGGCCCCUGACCCAGAUCCUCCCUUGGUCUCACCCCUUCCCAGACCCCUCCCUGGGCCCCUGUUCCUGCCCCAGACCCAGCUCCUGCCCUUGACCCUGCACCACUCCUGCUCUGGGUCCUGCACGGGCCACGACUGCUGA